AUGGAUGUCCGAAUCCAUAUUUGCAACUCGAAUGCAGACUCCGUCUCCGGUCAUGUCGUGCUCGCCUGCGAGACCCAAGUGGACAUAGCCACCGUUGCAAUAAAGCUGUCGGGGUCGGCGAUAUCGAGGGUGCACUCUAGGCGACUUUCCGAGUCACAUCAGCUUUUCGGAACAAGUGAACAACUAUUCCCUCCUAACAAAUGCGCGAGCGCCUUCACCUCCAGAAGCGUGACUCUACCUCCAGGAGAACGUGUAUUUUCAUUCUCAAUUCAGUUCCCAAACUCGCACCAUCUCAUGCGGAAUCUGCCACCGUCCACAGGAGACAAAUCAUCCCCGGAGGAGAUCAAAUAUGUCCUCGAAGCGACAGUCCAACAGGACGGGCUCAUUCGCAGAACUCGUAAAGCUACCCGAGAUGUAAAAUUCUAUCCUAUAUCUACCAUCACGCUCCCACCUGAAGGCCAGCAGGUCCAGACCAAAAUGAAGAGGAUUACCUACCACGCAAAAGGCUCCUCCUGCGAGGUUAGUGCAACGUUACUCAACGGGUCCUUCCUCUUCCUAGGCCAGGCGAUUCCACUCGCCGUGGAAGUCACAAACACAAAUCAGUCUAGCAACGACAUAUUUCUGCUCGACUUCCAGUCCAUGCUCUUCGAAACAACUGAGGUUCGAGCCCAAGGGGCUGCAGAAUCAGUCACCCGGGCCUGGAUGGUGCAGACGAUUGCCAAUCUGCAGCAGCCGUUUGUGCCAGAAUUUAGAAAUGACGAAACGGUAUGCGUCGUGAAUAACAACUUAUGGAGUCGGCAUAACGUUCCACUAUUCCUGACCCCGGCAUUCGAGACGUGUAAUAUCAGUCGCAGGUAUAAGCUGGAGAUACGGCUUGGGAUUGGAUUUGCGGGGAAUAAUGUAAGGAUAGUCGAGUUCCAGUUUCCGGUUUACAUUGUUUCCCCCGGGCUGUCUGCAGGAUCUUCUACGAUCGAGAUGGAGAUGCAAGCCCCAGAGUACUGUGAGAAAGAAGUACUUGAGAAGCUAGAGUUCGAGGGUUUAUAA